AUGGGACUUAGGUCCCAAUGUGGCGAACGACACCAAACUUGGACCAUCCGCCCAGUGGUGACAGUCGAGCAAACGUGCAAACAAGGCACGAUCCGGAGCAUUUCAGCAGAUUGCAUGCAACGCGGUCUCUGGCGAUAUGGCCACGCAAACUUAUUGAACGGUCAACAGUUAAUUGGUGGCGCGCAGCUCAUUCGGACACCUAGCGCAAGGAGGCCGCGUAAACCACGAGCCCAUCUAGCCAAGGAGGGAAUCGAAUUGACCACCAGCCGCACGAUGCGAUCACCUGGAACUCUCGUCGCCGAGCGCCGCAAUGGC